GCUGGCGACUAAUGUCGUGACAUCUGGAUGGUUCCCGGAUAUUAUCGCUCUAAACUCUUACCAUGCGCGGACUCAGGGAAUGCCCGGAUGGACGCGGCCGACGUUGCCCCGCGCGUUAUGCGCAUGCGCAGUGUGAAGAUGGUGGGGCUGGAUAUGGAUUUCAGGGACCGGCAGCUGAGGCGGCGGCAGCAGCAGGUGCUGCAGCAGCGUCAAGGUAACCAGGUCUGGCGCCUGCCCCGCGGGGCCCGCUGCCCCUCAGCCUGGGCCCCGUUCCAGGGCCACGGCCAGCAGCCGUGGCCAGUGGCUCGCAGGAGGAGAGCGGCCGGCUCUGGGCAGCGGGGAUGGCAGCCGCGGCCAAGGACGGCAGCCGCCCCCAGGGCGAAAGGGAGCGCGGCAUCGGGCCCUAAGGCUAAGGCGGCUGGAGCGGCAGACCCCAAGGUGGCUGGCGGGAGCGUGGGGGCAGGGAGCGCGGUGGGCCCAGCAAUGACAGCGGCCUCAGGCGGGAGCGCAGCGGAGACGGCGGCGGCCCCAGACCCCGCGGUGAAGGUGGCAGGUGGGAGCGUGACCAUGGUGGUGGCAGCCUCGGGCCCCAUGGUGAAGGUGGCUGGCGGGAGCGUGACCAUGGUAGCCCCGUGCCCCCCAGCAAAGGUGGACGCUGGGAGAGUGGGGGAGAUGAUGGUGGUGGGUUUGGGUCCUGUGGUGAAGGAGGCUGACCGGAGCACAGCGGAGACGACAAUGAAGGUGGCUGGUGGGACGGUGACGAGGACGGCAUCAACCUCAGACCCUACGGUGAAGGUGGCUGGUGGGAGCCCAGUGACCUCAGGCCCUGCGGUGAUGUCGGCGGCCUCCAGCUCUGGGGCAACGGGCCCUGCGGCGAAGGUGGCCAAUGAGAUCAUUCAGUCUCCCUCUUUUGGGUCACAGGCGGCCAUCCCACUGCCAAAAUACAACAGUGGGGUAUCUGUAUCUACAAUGGAGCCCAACAGCAGCAGCACAUUGGCUUUCAAGGGUUCUGUGGUUUCAAUGGCAGCCACAAAGAGACCCAACAACAACAAUGUCCCUGUGUGUGGGACUCCAGCAGCCAAGCUCCUCAAAUUGCCUGGGCCUGAUGACAACCAUAGUCCAGCCCUUUUGGAAGCCUUCAAGGCUGUGGUUGCAGCUGGUGGGAGUGGCUGGCUGGACCCAGUGGCAGUGGCUGCAGUGAAAACAGAACUGGAAGUGGGCUGCUCCUUUGAGGAGGACCUGGGAAGUGGGAGCAGAGAGACAAGUGGCAAGAGCAGUGAGCCACAGCAACUCACCUGGACCCCCACCCUACUUGUGACAGAACGCAAGAGAAAGAAGAAGCCUAUUAGCCAGGAGCGCACAACCUUAGUGAACCUUGUACCAUGCACUGAGGAUAGGAUAAAGGAGCCUAAGCCCAACCCCCUGGGAUCAGAGGACCAAGCAGAGGCCUACAAUAUGGAGCCCAUGUUGUCAUUUUUCCCACCAGAUUCCCACAUUAGAAGCAUGGUACCAGGUGGUGAUAACUUUAUGCAAGCUGAACCAAAGGAAAUAUGGAUUUGCGGCCAUUCUGUGAUUUUGGUGACAAAGAGGAGGGCAAGCACUCACCCACAUGGGCUGCAGCUGGGUUUCCCAAGUUCGAGUGCAUUUUUGUAUUGGCAUGGCAUACAGGCAAUGCUGUGGGAUCAGCUCUUGCCUCUUCUUCAUGAAAUUUAUUAUCUCAGGUCUUUUCCAUCAAUUAUAGUAAUUCACCUUGGGGAAAAUGAUCUUGUGCAACACACCAGUAUGUCACUUAUUGUCAAAAUGAAAAAUGACUUGGGCAUCCUUAGAAGGGCCUUCCCUGAUGCCCAUAUAAUUUGGUCUUCACUGUUGCCAAGGCGUUUUUGGAAAGGAGCUGAAAAACCAGUGAGUAUAGAAAAGGCACGGAAGGGGAUUAACAGGGAAAUGUCCCAUUAUUGCAGUGAAAAUGGCAUAAUGUUUUUGAGACAUGAUUUAAUCACUUACGAUAAGCCAAACAUGUUCCUGCCUGAUGUAGAUGACUUGUCUGAUGUAGGAGCUGAUGUUUUUACAGCAGAUUUAAAAGGGGCCCUACAUUCCUGCCUGGGCUUUGGUAAAGGCUAAUCUGCUUUUGUCUGGGGAAACGAAUUUUUCAGGACUGUUCCAUGACAUCCCAUCUGUGCACGGGAGUCUAGGAUUUGAGGGACAGGGAGGGAGAUGGUCAUACCAGUUGAAAGUUAAAGCUUCGUUGCUUUAAACUGGCAGGAAGGAGCAUUUUGCAGUUGCGUCCACAUCCUGUUGUCCUUGGCAAGUUCUUGAUGUGCCGGAAGUUAAGGUGGGUUUGGGUUGCCCACUCAUGGAGUUUCACAGGUCUGUCAGGUCUGUGCACAAAAGACUGUAGUAACUAUGGAGUUACCACCACCCCCCCUUCCCCUGUGAAGGCGGGAGACUGGACAGAUACAUAACCUCUGAGUGAGUUAAUGUUCAUUGUGUUAAUUUUGUUCAUUUUGAUCCCUCAUAGCAGUAUUCUUGUAGACAAUAAGAUGUAAUUCAGGAUUAACGAGUUUCAGAUGGCUCGUUCACAUAUUUCUAUCUUAAAUUAGAUGUGUGUGGAAUAAACAUUUUGUUUAAGGUGUGAGUGUGUGUGUAUAUACACACGUGCAUACACCAUAACACAUUUAAAUGUAAGUGUGCAGCAUGGUAUGUUGUCUCUUAUGCUUUGGUAUAAUAGACUGUAAUUGUUGGAAAGUUAUGGACAUUAGCAGGGCUUUGGACCAGAUCCUGGAGCUGGAGUGUGGAGCAGCUCCGGAGCAGUGGAGCUGCAGGUUUUUGCCUGGAGCUGGAGUGGAGCCAGAGCACAGCUCCAAAGCCCUGGAUAUUAGGGCUCUGACUAAACAGACUGUUUCCAAUUAUUCAUAGAAAUAUAGGGCUAGAAGGGACCUCAAGAGGUCAUCAAGUCCAGCCUUCUGAGUGCUGAGGCAGGACCAUCCCUCUGUUCUUAAAAAACCUUCAAGGAUGCCUAUUCCACAACCUCCCUUGGAAGUCUAUUCCAGUGCUUAACUACCCUUCUAGUUAGAAAGUUUUUCCUGAUAACCAUCUUAAAUUUCCCUUGCUGCAGAUUAAGCCCAUUACUUGUUGUCUUACCUUCAGUUGACAUAGAGAACAAUGUAAUCACUAUCUUCUUUAUAACAGCCCUUAACAUCGUGGAGGACUGUUAUCAGGUCCUCCCUACUUCUUUUCUUAAGACUAAACAUGCCUAGGGUCUCCCCUUCUCUUCCCUCCUCCUCACCCCACCCCACCGUUCAGAUUUUCCAAACCUUUUAUCAUUCUUGUUCUCCUUUGGACUCUUUCUAGUUUAUUUACAUCUUUCCUAAAGUAUGGCACCCAGAACUGAUACAGUAUUCCAGCUGAGGCCUCUCUAGUGCCAGGUAGAGCAGGACAAUUACCUCCUGCGUUUUUUAUAUAUAGCACUCCAGUUAAUACACUCCAGAAUGACAUUAGCUUUUUUUCACAACUACAUCACGCUGUUGACUCAUAUUCAGUUUGUGAUCCACUACAACCCCAGAUCGUUUUCAGCAGUACUGUCACCUAGUCAGUCAUUCCCCAUUUUGUAGUUGUGCAUUUGAUUUUUCCUUUCUAAGUGUAGUACUUUGCAUUUACCUUUACUGAAUUUCAUCUUGUUGAUUUCAGACCAAUUUUCCAGUUUGUCAGUCAUUUAGAAUUCUAAUCCUAUCCUCCUACGUGCUUCCCAGCAUGGUAUCGACUGCAAAUUUUAUAAGUAUACUCUCCACAGCAUUUUCCAUGUUAAUGAAAAUAGUGAAUAGUACCAGACCCAGGACUAACUCCUGCGGGACCCCACUAGAUUCAUCCCUACCAGUUUGACAGCAAACCAUUGAUAACUACUCUGAGUAUGGUCUUUCAAUCAGUUUUAUACUUACCUGAUAGUAAUUUCAAAUAGACCACAUUUACCUGUUUUACUUAUGAGAAUGCCAUGUGGGUCUGCGUCAAAAGCCUUACUAAAAAUCAAGGUAUAUCCUGUCUGCUGCUUUCCCUCAUCCACUAGGCCAGUAACCCUGUUAAAGAAGGAAAUUCGGUUGGUUUGGCAUGAUUUGCUAUUUCUUAUAACCCUGCUAUCCUCUAGCUGCUUACAAAUUGGUUAAUAAUUUGUUCCAGUAUCUUUCCAUGUGUGCAAGUUAGGCUGACUGGUCUAUAAUUCCCUGGGUCCUCUUUGUUCCCCUUUUAAAAGAUAGGUACUAUUUUUGCCCUUCUCCAAUCUUCGAGUUAUUCACCCAGCAUCCAUGAAUUCUCGAAGAUACUUGCUUACGGUUAUGAGGUUGCUUCAGCUAGUUCCAUAGGUACAAUAGGAUGAAUUUCAUCAGGACCUAACAACUUGAAUACGUCUAACUUAUCUAAAUGUUCUUUAACCCGUUCUUCCCUAUUCUGGCUUGCAUUCCUUCCCCUUUGUUGUUAAUAUUGUGACCCAAUACUCAACACCAUUAACCUUUUUAGUGAAGACUGAAGUGAAAUAGGCAUUAAACACUCAGCCUUCUUGAUGUUGUCAGUCAUUCGCUCUGCUUCCCUGCUAAGUAGAGGACCUACACUUUCGUUUUGUCUUUCUCUUGCUCUUCAGGGUUAAUCCUGUGUUAACACUAACAAGUACAUAGGGCUCGCAAGUAUCCUCUAUCCCGUUCUCAUUUGAGUCUAGCUUCCAUCUAGUGUCUGACUAGUAACCUGCUCUGCAAUAGAGGUUUUGACAAAACUGGCUUCCUCACCAUCAGUUGCUCUGCAACCUGUCCUCAAAUAACACAUUCAUUUCUGGCUAUACUCAAGAACUCUACCUUCCAGCACACUACUGGCUUGGAUGCUGACCUGCAAACAAAUCACUUACCUCUUUGUGCCUCAUCUUACCAUUUCGUAGUUCCAUUUCAAAUUUACCCAUUUACCUACCUCAAAGGGUUUGUUAAAGAUAUUAAGUGCUCAAUAGCUAGGGAUUAUAAUUUUUUUUUGUAUGUCUGUAUAAGAACACAUAACUAGUGGGAAUUUUCUCAUGAGGGUCCAGUGAGAAACUUUCUCUUGUUUUGAGAUCAUUUAUGUGAAUAGCAAUCAAAGAGCUGACUGUUGAAAUGCCAUCUAAUUCUUUCCCUAUGUUUGUGUUAAGCCUACAAGUCAUUGCUUAGAAGGAUCAGAAUAACACUGUUGAUGGUAUACUGGCCAAAACACAUGUGUAUGUUUUGUUUGGGUGGUUUAUACUGAGAGGUCAUCAGACUGGGAAUGGCAGUAACUCCACGACUUCCUGUCUUUGCAUGGGAGUCUGGAAUGAGGGUGAAAGGUAAUUGCUUAAUUGCCAGAAAUGGGCAAGAAGAAAAGUUGUCCAUGUUACCUGUGAAUCUUUUGGAAGACAUGAGGUGGAAGAUUUGGGGUAGUCUAGGAGCGCCUCUCUAAGGCAAGGCUGUAAUAAUGAUGUAAUCUCCCAAGAGUGGAGAAAUUGGCUGAUGACCUCUUUCAAUUGACUGUACAUAGUUGUUGAGCAUUUUUGUAGGUGGAACAUAUUUGUAAUGUGAACAGCACUGUAACUUUUUGUACAUUAAUAAAGCUAUGAUUUUUGUGUUCUUCUCUUCAAAGCUGUGAUAUAUUUGUAUGCUUUGGUGAAGUGCCUACCAGUGUUUAGCUUUCUGCAGAAUAGCAAAACCUUGCAUGCAUUUUGUUUUGCAUUGCAACCCAAAAGUUAACAUGGCUGGGAGAGCUGAUUGUGGGGCACUUUUAAGUAAAAUUCAUUACUACUUCAUAAAGAUUAUAAGCAACAUACCCUGGGGUUCCUAUGAUCUUCAGGUAGAACUGACACAUGCUUGCAAUUUUUCCCCCCACCCCUAUUUGGUUUCUAUAAUGGCACUGGCAGAAUGCCACUCUUGAUGUCUGUCAAUGACACUCAAAUGAUGAUGUAAUUAAAAUUUAAUUUUGUCAAACAACUUAGUUUUUCUAUAGUAUGAAGUGAAACUUCAGAGUAGUGCUGAGUAAAACUUUUAAUAUAGCAAUUAAACUGCAAGUAUUUUUUCCCUAUGCCUGUGCCCGGUAUCUCUAUGAAUAAGGCUUUAUAGGCCUAAAUGUCAGUGCUCCAUAAUGAUUAAUAUGGUAGUAAAAGCAAUUACAUGGUAUAUCUUUGUAAAUGCUGUGGUAGCCUUUCACUUAUUAGCUUGUACCAGCCUCUGUUUUUGAUGGUUCUAGUCUUGGCUAGAACUCGCAUGUGGUACUGAGAUACUACCAUCAUUUUUAUAUACAUACCCAGAGAAAUGGGGUUCUCAAGGAGUUAGCCCUUUUUUCCUCUGCUCCUUUUUCAAACUAGCAUGAUCAGACCAUUCCCCUUAAAGAGUGGAUCAUUGGUAAUAAGUACUAAUGAAUGAUGCUCUGUUGGCUGUCAGGUGGCAUUAACAAAUUAUUAUUUUAUUGUAUUGUUUCCUUCUCUUUUGUCCCUCCCCAAAGGCCGACCAGAGAAUUUAAAAAAAACAAACAAAUUGAGGGCAGUGUGAUACUUGCUUUACACUGAUGUAAACAGAGUGCAUUUUCAUUUACUUUAAUGGAGUUACUCCUGACUUGCACAGAUUUGUAAGGGCAGUCAGGCCUUAGAGAUGCUGUUAGGUCAUAUAGUUUGACUUUCUGCUGUGUCUAGGUGACAGUUCUGACAUCUCAAUAACAUAAUUGGCCCUCUAGCACAGGGAACAAAGGCCAGUGGUGGCUUCAGCUUUCCAGCUCUGGUCUUUGCCCAUGGUUAUGUUGUCAUUGGUUUGGGUGUAUUUAACCUUCAAAUUGAACUUUCAGGAUGGAAAUGCAUUACAUUUGAUUGUUUAACAGAAGAUUGAUUCCCUAGAAAUAUUCGCUACAUACAAAACAGAUGUGGGGAAAAGGACAGUGUUACUGAUUUAGGCCAGAAUUUUCCAACUGGAUGCCUAAAUUUAGGUUCCUAAAUAAGAGGCUUGCCCCCACUUCUUUGCUGUUGUAGAACACUGAAUUUUGUAAAACUACCUGUAUUAAUGAGCUUCUAUGGAGUUAAUAACAUUAGCCUUUAGUAAAAUGUAGAAAGUGAGUUACCUCUUCUUGUGAAGCUGUAUGCAAAUAAAACUUAAUUCUUUUGGUUUAUACACAAGUCAAAUAACAAGUUUGUGUUACUCUUAUGAACUGCUGUAUUCUUUUCUAUUUCUGAAUAAGUCUUUGUCGUCUUAUCUGGUAAGAUGCACUUUCCCAUGGGUAUAUAAUAUCAAUUUUUUGUUGAGUGCUUGCAUUUACUAGGGAAAGUCUAGAAUAUAGUUUUCGUUGUCUGAAAUAAUGCUUAAACAUACAUAGAGCUUUUAUCUGUAGGUUUCAAAAUACUUUGCAGAGAUGGGUAAGUAUCAAUAAUGUAUAGAAAAGAAGGGGAAACUGGAACAUCUUUAUUAGUGCGUAUAUGUAUAUGCUGUAUGUAUCACUUCUGUUUGAUUGUUGCUAACAAUUUAAUAGCUUGAUCUUCAAAGACAAUAUGCAAAGAAAUAAAUCCAGAGAUUUGGCUUUGUUCCUAUAGUCUAUUUUCCUGGAAACUACAUAGGGAAUCCAUGUUGUCCCAUAGUCCUGGUCUAUGCACGAUUACUUGUAGGAUACCGAAUAUGGAUAUGCCAUGCCCUUGGUGAGGACAUGUGACAUUAUCCAGGCUACAAUCUGGACAGAUGGACAGCUGUGUCCCCUCAGAUCACCAACCUGGGGUGUCUUUUACAUUGCUGUUACUGCCGUGAGCAUAGAAGAAUGGAGGAGAGAGGUAAUUUGUGUUGUGUGUGUUUCUCUAUUCUUAUACCUUUCUCCCCUGCUUGAAGUCCUCUCCAGCUGGGGUUCAGGGGCAGCCAAUCUGUUUACACAGGAACCCCUAGCUGUUUUCCAUUGCUAAUAUGUAAACGUCUCACACCUUUCUUCCUGCCAAAGAAUGGUCACUUAACUAGGUGAUAAUCCACUUGACUUGGUUGGCUUAAGCCACCAGGCUUAGUUGCUGGUUUCUUUUUUGUUUCUGAGGAACUGGUUUGUGCCUGCUUUUCUAAACUUGGAGCAUGUUACAGCCGUGUUAUACAGUAGAAUCUUAUACUUUACAUACAAUGUUGAUACACCUAUUUUACCAGGACAAUAAUGUCCAGCAGAUUGAGUUGUCAAAUGAUACCUCACAAGGCAUACUUUGUCCAAAAUAUAUCAUGGUCAUGUAAAAAGAAUGGACAUAGGGGUACAGUCUGUCACAGAGUCACUGCAUGCAUAGGACCUGAUCCAAAGUCCAUUGAUGUUAGUAGAAUUUGACUUCAGUGGGCUUUGGAUCAGGCCCACAAUCAGGUAAAUCUGUUUGAGAUGGCCAUUGGCUAAACUGUUCUCUUUUUCCUCUUGUGUCAAUUUAGUCUGUGAUAGCCUUGGAAAGCGCUUGGACUGACCGCUUUGGAAACAGACCUGUUGACAGAGAGCUGCAUCUGGAGCAGUGCAAGAUGUGCCGUGCCAUGCCAUCGCCCCAGUAUCUUGUUGGACGGCAUACCCCUUAAGAUUCUCCCCUUCCCUGCAAGUGAUGUUUUCUUUGCAUUGGGGCUGCAAAGAGGGAGAUACAGGAACUCUUUGCACAUUGAAGAUUCUCCCACAUGGGGAUUUGGCAGCAAGGGACUUGUGUGGAUUUGCACUCCCUGAGUGCUGCAAAGGCAGAGAUUAGGAGCAGAGAAUCUGCCCCUAAAACUUGAAAGGAUCCUAGUACAAUCAUGCUGUCAGAGCUAUGGCCUACUGGCCAUAAGUUAUAUAAAACUAUAUGUUGAGGUAAGUAGACAUUCCCAACUUUCCUUAUCAGUUUGAUCAAAUUACUAACAGUCAACUGCAACUUUGCCUGUUAGAGGAGAAUGCAGCUGGAUCACUAGGUAAGAAAUACUCGGAACAACAUUUUGGCAUUUUGUUUGGCUGCUCUAUGAAAUUAACCAUUUAGAAUUCGUCAAGCAAUAAAUGGAGAUUGGGGUGAUCAAGUUUGAACUGAUCUCUGCAAAAUGCAUUUUAUCAGAACAAAAUAGCCUAGGACAUGGAAAAAAGUUGUAAUGAAUUCAGGACAUAAGUCUGCUCUUCCUUUUGUAGGGUGUGUGGUUUUUUUGAAGGGAGAGUUCUUUCGGUAAAAUCACCAGUGUUUGAAAGCCAGAAUUAGAAAACUUGGAAGUGUGGGAAUGCACAUCUGUGGCCACUCAAGCAACCUUAACUCUACCCCUGUAUCCCGCCAACCUUCCAUUCUCUUCACCUGUUGUACUUAACGAGAAAGAUGGAGAACUUUUAAUGCAGGGCUUUCAAAUGAAGGUGGUUUUGAUGAGGACUAAGUUCACAGCCAGUGGCUGCAGACAUCUUAAAUCUGCUCCUGUUUGCCGAGCUGUGGAGUGCAUGGGUUUGGUUUUGUACAAAUGUAUCCAAUAUGAAGGUGUGAUCUGCUUCCUGCAGUGGCUCAUGUAAGCCACUUAACUUUUUGUCUAGUGUUUGUAGUUCUAGGUACAGUAAUAGUGCAUCUAUGCUAGGGGUCAAAGUAAGGCAUUCUUUGGGGCAUUGGGUAACUUUCUGAAUAUGAUCCAUUUCAGUGAAGAGAUGCACUAGUGUUCUCUGCUGGCAUAUGGCCUUAAAGAAAGCAGGAGCCAUUGUAGACGUAGCCAUAUGGCUUUCUUUCAGUCCUCCUAGACUGGCAUUUGAGUGCCCCAUAUGGGUUUCUUCCUGUAGGCCACACCACUGUGUUUCCUGUCUGCUGCCUUCCCUCCCACACUCUCUCAUUGUGGCAAUCUGCAUUUAAGGCAAAAGGAAUGUGGAUGGGAUUUUGAAUAACUUCCAUUAAGACGUUCCUCAGAAUUAAUCAAAGGCAGCACUUCUCAUUACGAUACAACAAGCUAAAACAAUGAGUUCCUAGGCCAACCCAUUUUGGAGUUAUGAUGAGCUAAAAUUAGUUCAAGAAGUCAGAUCACGUUUUUUUAUUAUUGAAAUCCUCAUAUCUCCUAAACACCGUAUCCAAUUUUACUCCUAUUUUCCAGGGUUCUAAGAUCACAAUCUGUGUGUGGGGGGGGAAAAAUUCACACAAUCAAAAUCAGAUCACAGGUAAAUUCACCAUACUGUAGUAAUUAGGAUUGUAGUAUACUAUAAGUUAUAGUAGUUUUCAGUCAGUUACUUCACUCUAAUUAGGUCUCUAAUCAGUCCUUUUAUUUGUAAUCAACAAGAUUAGGAAAGAUGUAAUUGUUCUAAUUGGUAAUCAGACAAUAAGAAAAUGCAUGCUAUGUGUAGCUAGCAAGUUGCAAAAGCAGCACUUGUUUUUCAUCAGUAUUAAGAGGUUAUUACCAGUGCCAAAGACUCAUUCAUUGACAAGGCAGAAGGAACGCACCAGGAUUGAAAGAACAAAAAAGCUUUUCAGAUGCUGCAAUGUUAAUUUUAUAACCUUAUCUGUCUAGUGUUUUUUAGACGGUUGCUGAUCACUGUGGGGUUUGAACAUGGCAGUCCUGGGAAAAAUAUUAGAACUGCUAUUAAUCCUUUUAUCAACUAUCUGGAUUUAGUUUCUUGUCUCAAAGAUAAGAUUUAUAUGCAUUAUGACUGAUUUUGUGGAUAUGAUCUCUUCUGUAAGUCCUCUCUAAAUAUCAAAUGGAGGAGCCAAGUUAUUAGCUUAUGGGCACGUGCACAUUUCCAAACUACAUUUGUGGAAACAACACUGGCCAGUAGGAGUCUACAAUGUUCAAGGUAAGUCCAAAAGAUAAAAAUGAAGCAUUCCUAUUUAUAGAUUUUUUUUUUUUUUUUUUUUUUCCUGGCAAAUGUGUCAUGUGUCCCAAACUGUGAAUCCCUGAGUGUUCCCCAGAAAGCAAGUGCUAAGGUUGUGGGUUGAGCUGAACAUACAAUGUAAGGCAGAAUAUAGAGUUGCUGUUUGGAUAAAAACAUCAGGUGCAGAGAAAACAGAGAUUAAAUUGUGACAAUUAUAAUGAAGUUGGCACACAGAAAUUCAGGAUAAUUCUGAGGACUAGAAUGUCAGUAAAGAGGAGACUAAUCUGUACAGGAGAAGAUGGGAGGGUGCCAUCAGGUUAUCAGGUGUGAUGAAAGGAAUUGUUUGGGUACAGAUAAUCUCCCCUUGCAUUAACAGAACUGUGGGCAUCUACUACAGACAUUCAGAACAGGAAGACCGCAAGACCUAAGAAUUCAUGAGGUAUCCUAACUGCCCAGGUAUCUGUUGGGUAUUGAGCAAUAGCAAAAGAUUCCAGAGUUCUGCAGGACGAAGCUAUGGUGCAGAACAUAGAGUUUUCUAGUAGACGAGAAGCAAUCUGAACGCUGUUUCUUAUUGAGAGGCAGGCACUGCUUGAGAUCAUAAGAUUAAUGGGGAGUGGACACACAACCCAAUGGAACAUAAGUUAGAAAUACAGAAAAUUAAUAUCGAACACCAACAAUUUUAUUAUUUGCAUUAGCAUAGUGCCGAACAGAGUCCACAACUCAGAUUGGGUUCCCAUUGUACUGUACACUAAAGGGAAAAGCUUUCACCAGAACUUAAGUCCCGAAAGAGACUGGCUCCUAGGAGCUGAAGUCUCAAUGGAAAUCAGUGGGACUUGAGCAUCUAAGUCACUUGCACUUUAAAAAUUUGACCCAGUGCAAACACAUAGUAAAAAAUAACCUGUAUCCCAAAGAACUUAGUCUAGCUAAAUAUCCUUGAGGAGCAACAAUUUAAAAAUAUGCAGAGAAAAACAGGAAUGUUGGAAGAGGCUUGGAAGUGAUGAUGGGCAUCACUACAACCGAGGUUUUUCUAAUGUGAUGUGGUUGCAAAAAAAUAAAAAAGGCCAGUGCAAUUUGGGCUGCAUAUAGAGACACAUCAAGGCUUGGUCUACACUAUGGGGGGGGAGGGGGUGUCGAUGUAAGAUACGCAACUUCUAGCUGAAGUCGACAUAUCUUAUUCUGACUUACCUCCC